UAUGAAGCUCCGCCUACUUUCACUCUCUCUGUUAUAGAGUAACAAACACAGAAGUCAAAAGUUCAUUUAGGUGUAAAUGAGACUUCAAACGACUCUCUCACUCAGUGUGUGAGUGCAGGAAAAUGGCCGCAGCCAGUAUUUCAGUAGAUCAGGAAGAGUUCAUCUGUCCAGUGUGUCUGGAUCUCCUGAAGGAUCCGGUGACGAUCCACUGUGGUCACAGUUACUGUAAGGUGUGUAUUAAUGACUGCUGGGAUCAGGAAGAUGAGAGCGGAGUGUAUCGCUGUCCUCAGUGCAGAGACACUUUCACUCCGAGGCCUGUUCUACGCAGAAACAACAUGCUGGCUGAAGUGGUGGAGAAACUGAAGAAGACUGAAGUCCAAGCUGCUUCUCCUGCUCACUGUUACGCUGGACCUGGAGAUGUGGAGUGUGAUUUCUGCACCGGGAGAAAACACAAAGCCGUCAAGUCCUGUCUGAUGUGUCUGGCUUCUCUUUGUGAAACUCAUCUGAAACCUCAUCUUGAACGACCUGCUCUAAAAAAGCACACAUUAGUUGAAGCCACAACAAAACUACCAGAGAAGAUCUGCUCUGAACAUAACAGACUGAUGGAGAUCUACUGUCGUACUGAUCAAAGAUUUAUCUGUUCAUUCUGUUUGUUGGAUAAACAUAAAGGCCAUAAUGCUGUAUUAAGUAAAGCAGAAAGUACUGAGAAACAGAGAGAGUUAAAGAAGGAGCGGAGGAAAUCCCAGCAGAGAAUCCAGGAGAAGCAGAAGAAGGUGCAGGAGCUGAAACAGACUGUGAACACUAUAAAGUUCCAAACACAGACAGCAGUGGAGGACAGUGAGAUAAUCUUUACUGAGAUGAUCAGCUCCAUGGAGAAAAGGCGCUCGGAGGUGACGGAGCUGAUCAGAGCUCAGGAGAAGGCUGAACUGAGUCGAGCUGAACGACUCCUGGAGCAACUGGAGCAGGAGAUCGCUGAUCUUCAGAGGAGAGUCACUGAGCUGGAGCAGCUUUCACACACACACGAUCACCUCCACUUCCUCCAGGAUUUAGUGUCUCGACGUCGGUCUCCUCCAUUAGACAGAGCAGAGUUUCAGACAUCCAGCAUCACUGACCUUCAACAUCUCUCAUUUGAUGGAGUGAGGAAUUCUCUCUCGGACCUGAAGAAGAGACUCGAGGAAUUCUGUGAGGAGGAAUUCAACAAACUCCUUCCACAUGUUAAGAGUGUUCGGGUCAAUUUACCCUCAGACCCACAGAGCAGAGAAGAGUUUCUGAGAUAUUCCCGUGCUUUGACUCUGGAUCCCAACACGGCACAUCAUCACCUUAUUCUGUCUGAGAAUAACAGAGUGGUGAGGUACAGUGAGAAACAGCAGCAGUACUCUGAUCAUCCAGAGAGAUUUGACUCCUGGCUUCAGGUGUUGAGUAAGGAGAGUGUGUGUGGACGCUGUUACUGGGAGAUGGAGCGGAGUGGAUGGGAGGGUGUGUCCAUAGCAGUCUCAUAUAAAGGGAUCGGCAGGAAAGGACUGGGUAAUGAGUGUGGGUUUGGACUCAAUGAUCAGUCCUGGAGUCUGGAGUGUUCAUCUUCUUCUCUCUUGUUCUAUCACAACAAAAUUAAUACUAAGCAUCGAUUUCCACCAACCUCCAGAAUAGGAGUGUAUGUGGAUCACAGUGCAGGAACUCUGUCCUUCUACAGCGUCUCUGACACGAUGAAGCUCUGCCACAGAGUCCGCACCACAUUCACUCAGCCUCUAUACGCUGGGAUUGGACUGCACAGGUCUGUUUUGAAUAAAUCAGGACAAACUGUGAGGUUAUGGGAUCCAAAAUAAUGAGUCUGUGUUGUUUUAUGGUCAGCAUCAGGCUUGUGCAAUAUAACGAUUGCUCAACAAUUUAAACGGAGUGUACAGGUAUGAUCAGAAUACACCACUGCCUGUUAUCACCAAAAAAUACAGCACAUUGAUUUGUGCAGGUGUUUUGAACUCUCCAAUAUUAACUGAUACCAUCUGGAAGCUCCACCAUCUUCUCCCCAUCUCGAAUGCUCGGGACUCGAGGGGUGUCCUUGAUUUCUGUGAUUUCUGUUAAACUGGGAAUGUUUUGAGAUCUUUAAUAUGAAUUCAGUGUAUUUUAUAUGAUCAGUAUCCUAUAUUUAUUAGGGACGCCACCAGAAAGGUUCUGUUGAAAAUGGUCAAAACUGCACCUUUGGUUUUUGGGCAAAAGGGAAAAUGAUCUGACCCAAAUUUUGACACAAAAAGUUCCAAAUAUAAAUGUCACACACAGUUCCAAAAUGCAUAUGCAUACAUCCCAAAUAUUAUUGCAAAUGCUCAUUUUUGGUCUGUAAAGAAAUUCAGGAGAAGGGGAAAAAUCAUUAUCGAGCAAGCCUAAUCAGUUUCAGAUAAAAUUCCUGUGACAAACCUUUAAAUCAUUAAAACACUGAAAAGUGAUUUCAUAAAGCUUCAUAGCUGCAUAACUAUGGGGCUACUACCUCAUAAAGCUCAAAUGUACUUUAUUUCAUCAUUGACCUCUAAAUAAAGAUUUUUUUCAU